GAGCUGAGCUGCGAGAUUGUGUUCAUUGGUGCUGGCACUGUGUGCUGAAGGAGGCAGUGCUGAACUGACUGUGGUGUAACAGUUCUCUGCGGUUUCCUCCUCUGAUCACUCGGCUGCUUCUCAGUACGUAUUGAUGCAGCAGGGGCAAACGAUUCAGAGGGAGAGCUGCCAUUAAUCUCACCGGCUGUCUGCAGCCUCCAAGCCCAGACUGCGCCACAGCACAGGGAUGCCCCUGACUUGAGAAGGCCCAAAGUGUAUGAAGGAACGGGGAGGGUGGGUGGUGUGUGGAUUAGGACCGGAUCACGGCAUCCAGGAAGCUGCCGUCCCUAGCACGUCCCAUCAGUACGAAAGGUCAGAGUCGCUUGCUCCAUCACACAGCCUCUUGGAUCGACUCACUCAACUGCCAUCUCAGCCGACCCACAGCGAGAGUUUUAUUCCAGGGGAGACUACGAACCUUGAAGACACUGUCCCAGAGGGAGCAGAGACUGGGUGAGUGGGCGAGGAUGAGCGUCGAGCCAUCGAGUGCCGUCGGACUCUGAGGCGGCAGGGAAGUUGGGUGCCUGAAACUUGUGAUUGCCCCGCCACUGCUGUGGUUUACCCGAAGGGCUGAACCAGCAUGGCCCUGCAGGGGAGGAAGAAGGAGAAGGGGGUCGCCGAUUACGACACGCAACUGAAAGAGAUCCGCGGCCAGCUCACGGACCAGUUGAAGUGUCUGGAUGCACAGGUGGAGCUCCGAGGCCAGUGUCUACAGGACAUGUCUGAGUUCUUCCGCAGGAAGGCAGAGAUUGAGCUUGAGUAUUCCAGGGGACUGGAAAAGCUCGCGGACCGAUUCUCCUCGAAGAUCCGUAAUGCCAAGGACCAGGGAUUUCGGAAGGAGCAGAAUGUCUUGUCCCCAGUUCACUGCUGGACCCAGAUCCUGGGCCAGACACGGGAGCAGAGCAAGAAGCACGGUGCCCUGCAUGACAUCUUCACCAACCAUCUCACGUUGCAACUGACCCACCUUGGCGAGGAUGUCACCCGCCUCGCACGCAAGAGUAAAGAGAUCGGGCAGCAGAUGCAAGAGGAAUUGAUGAAGGUCACCACAGAGCUGCAGACCGCUAUGAAGACCUACCACGUGUACCAGCAGGAGUGUGUGGCAGCGGAGAACAAAUUGAGGGAGAUCGAGAAACUGGAGGAGAAACAAGGGCUCGACAGCAAGGGCGAGAAACGGAACGUUAACCGCAAGCUGGAGAAGACAAAGGAGAAGUGGCAGGAUCGUUUCAUGGAGGGUGACCACAAGAGCACGAAAGCUCGGAAUGAGUACCUGCUGAACCUAUCAGGAGCCAAUGCCAUGCUGACUGCGUACUUCACCCGCAACAUCUCCCAGCUUAUUGACUGUUGGAACUUGGGAUUCCAUGCGUCUCUGGCCCACACACUGAGGAUGUUCCUGUCAGCGGAGUCCCACGUGGAGAGCUCCUGGCGCCAGGGCCUGGAUAUUAUCGACACCGCUAUUGGCAGCCUGGAUCCGCAGGGUGACAAGACCAAGAUCAUGGACAGCAACCACAAUGCCUUCUGCCUGCCCAACAAGUUCGAGUUCCUGCCUCAAGAACAGGACAAGGUACGGGAAGUGAAGACCACAUCCGCUGUUUACUAUGAGCUGCAGGGACGCUUCCAGAACCUCCAGGGGACGCUAGCCACGGCCAGGCUGGAGACGGAGGAGAUUAACAAGACACUGCGGACAACCCUGCAGAACCUGCAGAACCAGGCCCCUGCCGAUGACUUCGAUAUCUCCGACGCCUUUCAGAGUAGCCAAUCCCUCGAGUCGGUGAAGUUCGCCGGCACCGAUUCUGGCUCCAAGGCCAACAUCAGCCGGCGUCGAGCCAACCAACAGGAGACCGAGACUUACUAUUUCACCAAGCUGAAGGAUUCGGUGACAGGUGAUGCCAGGAUCACCAAACUCCAGGCCAAGUAUGAACUGCUGAAAUCAGCCAUUGACAAGGGGAUUGUCAACGAUGACACCACAUUCAGGUUUCAGGCUACUCUGGGACGAUCCCAGAGACAGAGGCGUUCGCGGCCAUGUUCCCAGUACAACCAGAAGCUGUUCAAUGGAGACUUACAGAUGUUCAUCCUGAGUUCCGGACAGCCCAUCCCCCUGGUGGUGGUUAGUUGCAUCCGAUUUAUUAACCUGAAUGGUCUGCACCACGAGGGUAUCUUCCGCAUUCCUGGCUCCCAGACUGAGGUCAACGACAUCAAGAAUGCCUUCGAGAGAGGUGAUGACCCCCUCGAUUCCAAUAACGCCCACAACAUCGACUCAGUGGCAGGAGUCCUCAAGCUCUAUUUCCGGGGUCUCAGCAAGCCCAUCUUCCCCACUGAAUGCUUCAAUAACCUCAUCGCCUGUGUGGAGCCAGAAGACCAGUUGGACCGUGCCAACAAGAUUAAGGAGGUGGUGGACAAUCUGGAUACAAAUAUCGUUGUCGUCCUGCGAUACCUGUUUGCGUUUCUGAAUCACCUGUCACAGUUCAGCGACGAGAACAUGAUGGACCCCUACAACCUGGCCGUGUGCUUUGGACCCACCCUGGUGACGGUGCCCGAGGGCGAGGACCCUGUCGCCUGCCAGGCGCAGGUCAACGAGGUGGUGAAGACCAUCAUCAUCCACCACGACCUCGUAUUCCCCCGGUACGACCAGCUCCCCGGGCCCGCCUACGAGAAGUGCAUGACUGAGAAGGGCGAUUACUGUGACGGCCUCCAGACAGAGCCAAUCAUCGAGGAGCCCGAUGUCAUUGGGGAGCUACAUGAGGAAGAGCUGCAAGCAGUGGCCUUGUUUGAUUAUACACCUCGCUCCACGAAGGAGCUCUGCCUGAAAAAAGGGGACUUGGUGCUCCUUUUUGAGAGGGCGAGUGAGGACUGGUGGUCAGGGCAGGUCGGAGGGGUGAAGGGUCUCGUGCCCCACAAGUACAUCCAGCUGACAGAGAGUGCUGAGGGCCACGUGGACACACCAGUGGAUGCUCUACAGGAACUGAGCUCCAGUGAGGAUGUGACAGAGCAUUACAGGCUGUUAAGUGACUCGGACCAUGAGCCUUUGCUGAGGAAGAGAAGUGGAAGCAGUCCUGUCAGGAAGAUCACCAGUAUGUUUAAUGAGAUUCCAAAGCGGGGUGUGGCCACUUUGCCUGGCGGGCAAAAGUUGCUGCCUCUCCGAGCAGCGGGACAGGAGGAAAGCAAGCCAACCUCUAAGAUGGGCAAACACGAGCGGAGAAACACCAUGGACUCGGUGCAGACGGCCCACAGCCCUAUGUCCUUGCACCUGGCCACAGGCAAAGUUGAACGCCAAUUCUCUGAGAAGGCAGCCAUCGAACCCAGCAAGGAAUUCAUAAAGAACAUGGACAAUGUUUUCCGUGAGCUGCUGCAACAGAAGCGAGCCAAGUCAACCUCAGAGGUGGCCGGGGAACCGGGAGCUCCCUCUGCCGUGCAGCUGGGCCUGCGGAGAAGUAGCAGCGGGGCGAUGGAGAAGUCUCCCCAGAAACAGGGUACCCCCUCCAAAUCCGGAAUGAAAGCCAGGGCGGCCGCGCUCUUCAAACCCAGCAGCGGGGCAUCUGCGGACAGCGCCUCCAAGGUAAACUCCUGAGGGCUGUGGCGAUGGGUGGUCCCAAAGAGCUCACUAACCCUUGCCUCUGCGCCAGACAUCAAGGGCUACAACACCAUCCUGCCUCGCAUCUCAAUUGUGCUUGCUGUGGCUGUGUGUCACCUGCUGUUCAGUUCAAUCGGAUUGCAGCUGACCUCUUCCCUCUGUGCUAACCUCUUCAUGGCGCACCUCCCGGUUCUGACCCACUGCUUUUGGAUGGCUAAAUUCGAGUGCUCACCGCCCUUCUAAGUGAAGCAACCUCUCCUCACGAGCAACCAAGCCCUGUGCCUGAUACCAUGUCCACCGGUUCCAGAAUGUAUGAUCUGGGGGCAGAAUGCUCCUCUGCAACAACGAGAAUGAGAAACCCCUCUCAUUCUCCCCUAAACUAGGGAGAGUCACAGCCUGGUCUGCUUAACCUCUCCUCGCUGGACAAAGGAAUUGACCCAGUGAUCCCUCUGUCAUAUUAUCUCAAGGGGACAUCAACACCCAGUAUUCGGAGUGUGGUCUUGCCAAGGCUCUGUUUAAUCAGAGCAAGAUGUCUCAACUCUUGUACUCAAGUUUUUUUUGCAAUAAAGGCCAGAAUCGGAAUCAGUCAUGUUUAUUAUCACU